CUUUCUUUUCAGCCUUAACUCUUCACGUUAGCCUGAUUUUUGGAUUAGCAGAUUUUGGAUUAGCAAAACUCCACUGUAUUUGACUUAAUUGUUAUAAUGUACUUCUGAGAAAUUUGUACACAGUGCACCUGCAAUUAUUUGUAGGAUUUCAGCAAGUAGGUGACCCACUGCAUCAGACAUUCGAUGGUGUUUGAAAAUUUUACUGUCCCAUCUCAAGAGGCGACAUUAAAUGUUUUUAACUGUUACAGGGCUGCAAACAAUGUUGCAUCGCCUUUACUCUUCGUUGGUGCUCUGCUACGAUACAGUUCACAUGGUUGUUGGCAUUAUUUGUUCCAUUAUUGAAUCCACGAUACAUAUCUUCAAGCCACCAGUCGCAAAAUCAGUGAAAGGUGAAGUAGCUCUGGUGGUGGGCGCGGGGCACGGCGUGGGGCGGGAGCUGGCGCUGCAGCUGGCGACCCUCGGCGCGACGGUCGUCUGCUGGGACGCCGACCACGGGGCGGGCCGGGAGACCGCGGAGGCGGCCGGCGGCGAGGCCCGGGCGUACCUCUGCGAUGUCUCCGACCGGGAGCAGAUUUUGCAGACAGCUCGGCUGGUGCAGAAGGAGGUUGGUGACGUCUCCAUUCUGAUCCACUGUGGCGGUGCUCCGAGUCGUUGCCGCUCUCUGUCCGAACUCACGCUGGAAGACACCAAAGCGAUGUCCGACAGCAUUUUCAGCUAUUUCUGGGUGCUGGAGGCCUUCCUGCCCCGCAUGCGGGCGGCGAACCGGGGCCACGUGGCGGUGCUGUCCUCGGCAGCGGGGCUGGCCGGCGCCGGGGAGCGGGUGGCGCUUCGCACGGCCCAGUUCGCCGCGCAGGGGCUGGUCGAGUCCCUGGCCGAGGAGCUGCGCGUCUCGGGCCUGGGCGGCGUGCGCCUGACGCUUGCGAGCGUGCACCCGCGCGCCGCCGCCAUCGACGACGCUGCUUCAGCCAGGGUUCCACAUUUCUUUGGAACUCCUGACCCGAAAGAAGCGGCGCACCAGAUCCUCAUGGCCAUGAGGAGGAACUAUUCGGAAGUCAGCGUUCCUCAUUACUUGUUCUAUCUGGCGAACAUGUUUCGCAUUUUACCUCCCAAAGCUUCACGAAUGCUUCGAGAGGUGCUUGAUGUCGGCGUGGAAGCUUGCUGAUGCAAAACUUCUGGUGUUGUUCGCUACGGUGCUUCCGUCUACGAGUAUGAACGUCUGGGGCUUUGUCCUCGCACGAGCGGAUCACGCAAAAAAAAGUUGUCGGUGUAAGAACGGUUCUAGUUCUAAUGAAAAUACACAUGUUGAAACGUAUGUAUAAUGAAUCAUAGUAUUGUCGAUGGCUGACGAGCGUUGAGUAAUUUAGUCUUUCAUGAAGGAUUGAGGCACAAGUAUUAUCAAAUGUCAGUUUUCUCUACUCUUUCGAAUUUUAAUUUUCCCUGUGGUCAUUGGGAUACAAUAUCUUCCAGGGGCAAAUACAGAAACUCCAGAAGAAGGUAAAGUUGUGGCCAUAAACUUUUUUUUUUAUCCUUUCAGGAAAAAAAUUAAUUAUCCAGUGGCAAUCAGAAAAUAAAGGAGGGGGAGUACUUCAGGCUCCCAAGGGCAUCCUUUCUCUGUUCCCUUUCUAAGUUAGGAAUAAAGGAAAUGAUUGAUGGUACAAUACUGAUAAAUUCCUGUGUUAAGUUAACAUGAACACAUAAACUGUUAGAAAUAUGAGUAGUUUUUAUUUUUAUUAAAAAAAAUAGUUACAUUCAGUUCAGCCUCUUUUGAAAUAAAAUUCAAGCCAUGCUUCUCCCAGUGAUUUACACAAAUGUUCACCUGAGUUGCCUGUCCGGUGUUUGCGGAAGUGAAAACGUUGGUUCCGCGCCGGUUCCUUUGAUUUUUCCCUGUUUGUCUAGUGUCCUGUUAAAAAUAUGGACAUUAAUGGGAAAAGGAAAAUUAAAUUUUUAUCAUCUUGUAACUUAAUUUUUUUUAAAUUGACAGCUAAAUUUUUUUAAAAAAAUUUGAAGCUUUUAUUCCUACGUGACGCAAUCCUACCGGAAAUUUGAUCUCAAGCACUUAAAAACUGACUUGAGAAUAAUUUGUCAGGAAAGAAUAUCAGAAUGUUACAAAAUAAAUGAGCAAAACCAUCGUCAAAAUUUAAGUUGCAGGUCGGGUUAAUAGUGUGGUUUGAAAGAGUAAAUUUUUCUAAUUUUCCGCGGGAGAGCCUCCAUAAAAUUGAAUAGUCCCGGGCCCUGGGAAGCCUAAGGCCAGUACUGGUGAAAGCAUUUCUGCUGAAAAACAUUUCCACCAUCAACCAGCGUACUUUUCAAACAAGGAAUCAGCAAAGGUCAUUGUUGCAAACAGUGCAUGGGAGCAGUUGUGUUAGUUGCAGUUACACUGGCAUGUCAUGCACCGAUUGUAAUGUCUUACAGUUUUACAAAGUAAUAGAAAAAGUAUGAUAUGUACCUAUCAGUUGAUGUCUUCGUUCUUACAGUUUUUGACAGCCAAGUACGUAGUCCCUAUGAGAAUACAUCAAAACAAGCAGCAUAAUGUGAAACUAUACUUUUGAUUUUCAAGGAAAUAUAACUCUUAUAAAUUACAAAACUGUUUUUCUCAAAGAAAGUGAAUGUUAAGUUCAUGUUCUUAAGUUUGGUGUAAGUUGACUAUUUAUUUAAUUUUGGAUAGAUUUAACCUUCCAACCUGUACGUAUAUGAACAUGGAUAUUAUUUUAUUGGUUAUUGUAUGUAUUUGCUGUCAAAUAUAUUUAUUAUUGUAUGUACGAAUGUAUAUUUAUGGUUAAUGUAUUAUAUUGUUGUAUAUUGUGCACGAAAAAUAAAGCUUACUU